UUCUGCUUUCUCUUCUCUCCUCAGUCCUCACUUCUACUCCUCAACUAAGCGCUUCUUCUUUUCUCCUUUCUUCUCACUCUAUCCCCUGUUUCCCGACUGCUCUCUCCCAAAUAACGCUCGGUCUCGGACGACGGCCACGCUCCCUCCCGACGACGGCCGUGCUCUCUCCGAGGACGGCGACGUUCCCUCCCGACGACGGCCUCUUCGCUCUCCGACGACGGUGACGCUCCCUCCCGACAACCGCCCCUCUCUCUACUCCACGGCCUCUUCCUCCCGACCUCUUUCUUCCCGAAUCGCGUCCGACGAGGAAGAAGAAUUAAAAGGGGCCGUUGUCCUGAUUUUUGCUAACGAGCUGAAAGAAGAAGAAAACCCUAGUCACUCGCUCGUUCCCUCAGCUUAGCAGACUGUACGUCUCCUCUUGCAGUCAGCCUUCCUUAGUCAAGAAUCUAGUUGAAAUAGAGAGAAGAUGGGUAACCUGUGCUGCAGUGUUGAAGUUCCUAAAUCAACAGUAGCAAUCCAGCAAAAAUUUGGCAGGCAUCACAAAAAUCUGUAUGUUGGACGCCAUUGUUCUCCUUGGAUUUGCGGAUAUGAAGUUGUUGGUGAGCUAUCACUCAGAAUCCAGCAGUUGGAUGAUGUGAAAUGCAGUUCGAAGACCAAGGACAAUGAAAAUGUAGAUGUUAUUGCAUCAGUGCGAUAUAAAGUUGACAGGGUCUAUGAGGCCUUUUACACUUAUGAUAAUCCGAGGGAGCUAAUUCGGGAUUGCACGAAGCAUGCGAUUGGAUGUUACAUUGAAAGAUGCAACUUGGAUGAACUUAGUGACCUAGAACAAAUUUCCGCAUGUGUCAUACAGAGAGUCAAAGAGCUUUUGGAUGACUCUGGAUAUGCUAUUGUGGAAGCCGUAAUUGUGGACAUAAAAUGGGAUACGCUUCUUGAGAAUCCUAUGAUGGAAAUCAAUGCUGGUAGGCAUAGGAAAUGACCGACUUCUAUGAAUGCAGAUCAUCUUUUGGGGUGCAAAUGUUCAGGAGAGUAGGAGACGACCUUUAACAACUAAGCUGUCCUUGCUGCUGCGGCCACCGAUUCUGCUGGUUGUCAUCCUGACUCUAUUAUCUCUUUAGCCUCAGUCAAGUUGAACCAGAGACUCUUGAUUUCAAGCAGUAGGGAUGGAGCUAUUAAGGUUUGGAAGUAAAUAAACUAUGCAUAACUUUACUAAUUGUAUAUAUGUAGAGUCAACUUAGUUGAACUAAUCCUCCAUGAAUUUUUUCUUAUAGUCCAGUGAUACAGUCUGUUCAGAGUAGUAACAUAUAUUGUCAGUCAGGAAUUCGCCUUGUUUACUCUUCUACGUUAUUUUCUCAACCUCAUUUGUAUGAAAGCUAAUUAUAUAAGAUCUGAUAAACGAAUGCAUCCUCAUAUGUUCACUUGA